ACCUUGCCACUGUGGAGAAGACGAAGCACUGGAAGAGGUCUGUUGCAUCAAGAAAUGUACAUAUUGGAUAACCUCGGAGGGAAGGAUUAUUUAUAACACAAGAUCUGACUGAGGGAGCUCAUGGCUGUUUGAAAAGUGUCUGAGGGGGAUCUGACAAAUUCACCCAGCUGAGGAGUGGCUAAAGAAAGCAGCAGUCUCUUCACUUUAUCUACCUGGGAUUCUACAGGUUGUUCUCGAGCCCAAGUUUCAAACAUGACCACCAUGCAGAAGCUGCUGCAGCUGCCAGUGAACGCGGUGAACAUCGUGAAGACGGUGCAGAGUCAGGUUCAGGGCCAGGAGGAGGACAAGAGCCCCGUGUUGACCCCUGACAGUGGGCAGCAGGCCUGGUACAGCGCCCUGCAGCCCGACGAGCUGCGCCACCUCCGAUCUGGAGGCACAGGAGGAGGAGGAGGAGGAGGUGGUGGUGGUGGAGACAAUGAGGAACGAGCACCAUCGGAGGAAGGUGGUGGAGGUGGCGGCAGUUUCCAAACUCAACCUUUGCGACAUGACGACUUGAAGGAGAUGCUGGACAGCAACAAAGACUCCCUGAAGCUGGAGGCAAUGAAGCGAAUCGUGGCUAUGAUUGCCAGAGGUAAAAAUGCAUCAGAUCUUUUCCCUGCUGUGGUGAAAAAUGUGGCUUGCAAAAACAUUGAGGUGAAGAAACUGGUCUAUGUUUACUUGGUGCGUUAUGCUGAGGAGCAGCAAGAUCUGGCUCUGCUCUCCAUUUCCACUUUCCAGCGAGGCUUGAAGGAUCCGAACCAGCUGAUCAGAGCCAGCGCUCUGCGGGUCCUCUCAAGCAUCCGGGUCACCAUCAUCGUCCCCAUAAUGAUGUUAGCCAUUAAAGAAGCUGCCUCUGAUAUGUCUCCAUAUGUCAGGAAGACGGCUGCUCAUGCAAUUCCUAAACUGUACAGUUUGGAUCCAGAACAGAAGGACCAGCUGAUUGAAGUCAUAGAGAAACUCCUUGCUGAUAAAACCACGUUGGUGGCAGGAAGCGUUGUCAUGGCUUUUGAGGAGGUGUGUCCGGAGCGCAUCGACCUGAUCCACAAGAACUACCGGAAGUUGUGUAACCUCCUGAUUGACGUGGAGGAGUGGGGGCAGGUCGUCAUUAUCAAUAUGCUGACCCGCUACGCCAGGACCCAGUUCCUCAACCCAAACAUGAAUGAGUCCCUGCUGGAGGAGGGAGGCGAUAAGACUUUCUACGGCUCCGAUGAAGAUGAGGAUGAGGACGAGGAGGAGAAAGAAAAGAAGGCAGAGGCUACCUCGGUAGCCAAGAGGAAGCCGUACGUGAUGGAUCCAGACCACCGGCUGCUACUGAGGAACACAAAGCCGCUUCUGCAGAGCCGCAACGCAGCUGUGGUGAUGGCCGUGGCUCAGCUGUAUUUCCAUCUUGCCCCUAAAGCGGAGGUUGGGGUGAUCGCCAAGGCCCUGGUCCGACUCCUGAGGAGCCACAGUGAAGUCCAGUAUGUUGUUCUUCAGAAUGUGGCGACAAUGACGAUUAAGAGAAGGGGGAUGUUCGAACCGUACCUGAAGAGUUUCUAUAUUCGCUCUACAGACCCAACCCAGAUAAAAGUCCUUAAGCUGGAGGUUCUCACCAAUCUGGCCAAUGAGACGAACAUUUCCACCAUUCUCAGAGAGUUUCAGACGUACAUUAAAAGCAUGGAUAAAGACUUUGUGGCUGCCACGAUCCAAGCCAUUGGUCGCUGUGCCACCAACAUUGGCGAGGUGAGGGACACGUGUCUGAACGGUCUGGUGCAGCUGCUGUCCAACCGAGAUGAGUUGGUUGUAGCUGAGUCGGUGGUGGUUAUUAAGAAGUUGCUGCAGAUGCAACCGGAGAAGCACAGUGACAUCAUAAAGCACAUGGCGAAACUAACAGACAACAUCCAGGUGCCGAUGGCACGGGCCAGCAUCCUGUGGCUGAUUGGAGAAUACUGUGAGCAUGUACCAAAAAUUGCCCCAGAUGUCCUGAGGAAGAUGGCCAAGUCGUUCACUAACGAAGAGGACAUUGUCAAGCUACAAAUCAUCAAUUUAGCUGCCAAGCUCUAUCUUACCAACUCCAAACAGACCAAACUAUUGACGCAGUAUGUUCUCAACUUGGCCAAGUAUGACCAGAACUAUGACAUUAGAGAUCGGGCACGCUUCAUUCGCCAACUCAUUGUACCCACCGAGAAGAGUGGAGCCCUCAGCAAGUACGCUAAGAAACUGUUCCUCGCCCUCAAACCUGCACCGGUUCUCGAGUCUCCGUUUAAAGAUCGAGACCACUUCCAGUUGGGUUCACUGUCCCACUUGCUGAAUGCCAAGGCUGGCGGCUACCAGGAGCUGCCUGACUGGCCUGAAGCCGCCCCAGACCCCUCCGUGCGCAACGUGGAGGUGAAGGAUUCUGUGCAGGAAGUCAUAACCUCCAGUGAGGGGCGGAUCGGCUUACUAGGAGACUGGAGAGAGGUGUUUACGCUGCUUGAAAGAGUCACAACAUUAACGAGUGUGCCUGAAUGGACCAAGUGCAGCAGCCGAGAGAAGAGGAAGGAGAAAAAAGUGGAGAAGCCGUUCUACUCUGACUCGGAGGGCGAGUCUGGGCCAACGGAGUCAGCUGACAGUGAGUCAGACUCUGCCAGUGGCUCGGAGAGUGGCAGUGGCAGCGAGGAGAGCGGGUCAGGAUCAGAGAGCGAGGAGAGCGAUGAAGGCUCUGAGUCUGAGGAGGAUGAGGAAGAGGAUGAGGAGGAGGAGAAGGACAAGAAGAAGAAAAAGAAAGAAUUAAAGAAGCCAGUGCAAGAAAGCGAAAGUGAGCAGAGCAGUGACGAAGAAGAAAGGAAGCUUGAGAGGAAGAGUAAACAACGUAAGAGCGACUCAGAGUCUGAAUCUGACGAUGAGGACGAGAGCGAGUCUGAAAGCAGCCAGUCGGAGUCUGAAGACUCAGAGUCUGAGACAGAAGUCAAAAAGAAAAAAAAGGCAGCUGAAUCAAAACCUCCCUCUAAACCUGUCAAGAAGGAGAGCAAGAAAGAAAAGAAGGAAAUGUCUUUGCUCGACCUUGAUGAUUUUGAACCUACUCCGUCUCCUCAAGUCACACCCGUCAACACCUUCCUGUCAAACAGCCUUGUGACUGACCUGGAGGGACUGUCCUUGUCUGAUGCUGUUCUGUCUCCAGCAACCAUCGCACCCUCCAGCGCUCUGAAGAGCUACGAGCUGCUGCACCGGAUCACGGGGGAGGGUCUAUCGGUGGAGUACUGCUUCAGCCGACAGCCAUUCAGCCCCGACGCCAACAUGGUGGCGGUGCAGAUGCAGUUCACCAACAACGCCACCUCCGAGACCAAGAACCUGCACAUGGAGGACGUGAAGUUACAGUCAGGGAUGAGGGUCAAAGAGUUUUCUGAGAUUGAGCUGCUGCCAGCAGGCGAGACGGCCACGGCUGUGAUGGGCAUCGAUUUCUGUGACUCAACACAAGCGGCAAACUUCCAGCUGUGCACUCACACCAAGAAAUUCUUCGUUUCAAUUCAGCCGCCGGUCGGAGAGCUGAUGAGGCCCGUCUUCCUGACGGAGAAUGAGUUUAAAAAGGAGCAAGGUCAGCUGAUGGGUAUGAACGAGAUCACAGAGAAGCUAACCCUCGAUGUAAAGUGCCGGAACGAACACGCCAUUGUCCAGCGGGUGACCACUGCCGCCAACCUCAGCAGAGUCCCCUGUGGUUCAGAUAAAGAGUGCAGGUUUGCUAGCAGGACGGUGACCAGCGGCAGUCUGGUGCUGGUCACUGUGGCAACCAAAGAGGAGGGAGCUGCUCAGCUGACGGUCAACUGUGAGAAAAUGGUGAUUGGCACGAUGCUGGUGAAGGACAUCCUCCUGGCUCUGACGCAGUGACGUGUGACCUUUUUGCUCUCUGCCCCCUCACCCCAACACGCCUCUUUCAUGCCGUCCAUCACACGUGUAGCAUCUCCUCCGUUCUCCUGUUAGCAAUGUCCGCGAGGAAAUUUCCAUAAUGUUUUAACGCCAGUUGGUUGUUUUAUUCAAGAGCCCUCCACUUUUAAAAAUGACUCCUCUAUUCACCAAAUGUCACAGCCGUGCGUGAUUUUGACGACAAUCAGACACGACCUGAUAUGAAAUCUCUCUCUCUCCCUUUUAAAGUUUCCUAUUAUCCAGAAAUAUUGAUUUAUUUGUUAAAAACAAAAGGUCUUACUCCAAAUCUGUUAUUAGAAAGUGUUUUUAAAAAUAUCCGAUUUCACCUGUUAAAUUUCACCGAAGAAAUAAGAUGCCCAAGUUAGAAAUUCUCAUUCUUGAACAAGUGGAUGCUCUUAUCUGUCACAUCAGUUAAUUUUUUUAGGUUGUUAGUUACUAGCUGUCAGACUAUUUUAAAAAAUAGAUAUAUAAGUAAUAGUUGCACUCUAGGUGCAAAUUAUUCCCAAAACACACAAUAAAACAGACUGUAAGAUUAGCAUUAUCAAUUCCCAUCCAGUUAUUUGAAGUCUUUACUUGAAUGUAGCACGAAGGCUCGACUGAGACAACUACCUAUAACUGAAUCAUUCCAUUUCGGCACAAUAAACGCUAAUCAGUAACUGCUCUUGGAAAUAAAGACGGAUCUUCAUCUCAAAUUCUGUGAUUUUUAAGGAUCUGCCUGGCAGUCAUAGUGCACAUGUUCAUCACAAUAAGAGGGGCAUUUAUAAAAACUGCAGAUGUAUAAAUGUUAUUGUAUGUAUUGCAACAUGUAAUACAGUACUGCUAUAAGUAAGUUGUGGUGUGUGCGUGCGUGCGUGUGUGUGUGUGUGUGUGUGUGUGUGUGGGCGUGAUGACACUGAAUAUUGACCUGGCAGACAUUAAUAUAGCUGUUUUCAAAAUUACUGAAAGUGACACUUGACUUGAAAUCAUCAUGAAGCAUAAUAUUAUAUUUAUAAUCAACAUUGGACAGUAAAAAAAAUCAUUUGCAUGUCAACCACUAAAAGAUACGAUUAAAAAAUCUUAAAUAUUACACUAAAUUAUAGAUUUGCCUGAUAAAGACAUUUCACACAAAACUCUGAUGCAAAUUACGUCAGAAUUAAAAAAAAAAAAAAAAAGGAUACCCAAAUUACCUA